AUGAAGUUGCUGAAAUUUCAUUUGAGGUACCACCCCCCUGGAAUUACGUUGGAAUAUUUGCAGAAGGGGAUCGUGAAAAAUAGAGAAAUUGAUUUAUUGGAUUUGAACUCUGAAUCAGACGUCAAAGAAAUAGCUCUACGCUUAUACCAAAAAGAAGCCCUCAUUACCGAGGAGGUUAGAGACCAACUGGAGCAAUGUCUGGACAUCUUGAAGAAGCGGACUGAGCAUGAAGGCCCCUCCGGCAAGAGGUUUUACAUCUACAAGACUUUGAUGACCCAUGUCUUGCCUCUGACUAACGUGGCGUUUGAUAAAACUGGGAACAGAUGCCUAUCAGGAAGUUAUGACAGAACCUGCAAGGUAUGGGAUGUGGAAGCUGGCACGGAGUUGAAGACGCUUUCAGGACAUCAGAAUGUCGUGUACUCCGUUGGAUUUAACUUCCCAGCAUGUAAUCGCGUCCUGACUGGAUCCUUCGACAAGUCAGCGAGGAUCUGGGAUCCGGAGACGGGGGAGUGUCUGGCCACGCUCUGGGGACACCGCGGUGAGGUGGUGGCGUGCCAGUUCAACGCUAAAGGGGACCUGGCUGCCACGGCCUCUAUGGAUAAUACGGCCAAGCUGUUUGAUGCUCGCACUGGAGGUGAAAUCCACACUUAUAAUGGUCAUACGGCUGAAGUGAUCGCUCUGCAAUUUGACCCCAAUGAGGGCCAGAGGUUGAUUACUGGCUCCUUCGAUGGCACCAUAUCACUGUGGGAUACCAGAGUUGAGGACCGUGUAUCGGUUCUCCGCGGGCACGACGGUGAGAUCUCGAACGUGCAGUUUAACUGGGACAGCUCGCUGGUGGGCUCGUCCUCGCUGGACGGCAGCGCCAAGCUGUGGGACGCGAGGCAGAGCUCCUGUCUGGCCACUGUGUCUGGACAUACUGAUGAGGUGCUGGACAUCUGCUUCGACUGGGCGGGGCAGCGCAUGGCGACGGCUUCUAGUGACUGCUCAGCCAGGGUCUAUGAUGUCAAGUCGGACUUCAAGGAGUUGGCCGUCAUGAAGGGACAUCGCGGGGAAGUUUCUAAGGUUUGCUUCAGUCCUGCGGGAGGGUGUCUUUUGACCGCAUCAGCUGACAGGAGCUCCAGGGUGUGGAACACCAACACUGGCAACUGUAUACAGGUGCUUUCCGGCCACCAAGGCGAGAUCUUUUCAUGCGCGUUCUCCUACGCGGGCGACGCCAUCAUAACGGCCUCCAAGGACAACACCUGCAGGAUCUGGAGAUGAUUGGACUGGUGGAUGUAGACCAUCCCCCAGACAGACCAACCCCUCGUUUCAACCAAAGACUUUGAAAGCAGGAUGGAUAGUAGGGUGAUAUUCAAUAAUGGUGGUGAUAGUGAGUUAAGGAACUGGGUUAGAGAAGGUUUUGAAAGUGCUAUCUAGAUUUAAAAUACUAAAGUUUACCAAUAGAUUAAAUGUUGAUUAGUAGUAGUAGGUAAUUUCAUUUUCAAAUGUGUCAAAUCUCGCCAAAUUGUUCCACAACGCACAUGAAUUUCAUUUUCGUCACUCACCCUAGCCUAGCGACUUCUCUGUGUCUGCCGUUCCAUAGAUAGACUGAUCAAGUUCCUAUAUUCAAAUUGAUACGAAUUCUGUCUAUUUCCACCACUUUUUCACCACUUUCUAAUAUUAACAAAGUACCUACAGCAAUAUAUUUUAUAAACUUUUAAUUUUCCCUGAGUCUUCUUUGCCAAAAAUCUGAAAUAUCAUACGAGCGACUUAGUUAUUUACCUGAUGAUAACCUACGCUUUACAUACAUGAUAAUGACCUUUUCGAGUUCCUCUUUACUAUAA